AAUAGACUCCGACAAUUGUCUUGUCCGCCCUUGAAGCAUCACAUCUCCCUUGAGUCGGGUUGCUGUUUUCUCUUGCGCUUCCUUCUCUAUUCUCCGCAAGGGCGUCGCAGCUUUUUGGGUCAGACCAGCAAAGAAAAAAAAACAUCGAAACCAAAAAGGUGUACAGUAGCUGCUUGUUGUUGUUAUUGUUUCAGACCAGCCAUUUCAACAUUCCUGCCUCAACCCAGCUCACAAUCCCGCACCCAUUUGCUGCACGACACUCUUCCCAGGGACCGCCUUCCCGAGUUCCCUUGCGCGCGCAUUACUUUCCAUACAAAGGAGUAGCCUCGCCUCUGGAUAAUCUCGGCGCCUGCCUUGAUCAUUUCGACCCCCUCCAGCCUCCAGCCUCCUCCAAGUUGCAUCUUGGAUUCCGGCGCCGAGAGCAACUGCCUCCUCCUAAUCUCAACCGGAAAACAGCUUCAGAGAGGAAACAGAGACUCACGAGUCCCAAUGGCGCCUUCAUCCAAGAGUGCCAACAUGGGCCAGGUCAUUGAGUACAUCCCAGACCGCCUGUACCUGGCCGCCUACAUCCACCCACCCACGGCCGAGACCAUUUUUCCCUACGGCGAAGCUGCCCAGUCUUCACCUAGAAAGCGAUCACAGAGAGCCGCCGAAGGCCCGACACCCGUCCAGACCGCAGCCCGCCAAACGCCGUACUACUUCACCGUCGACGAUACCCUCCUGUACAAUGCUUUCCACCACGACUUUGGUCCGCUCCACAUUGGUCACCUGUACCGCUUCGCCCUGCAGUUCCAUGACGUCCUCGGUGCCAAGGAGAACAAGGAUCGCCCAAUUGUCUUCUGGAGCAGAGCCGACCCCAGAAGUCGCGCCAACGCUGCUUGCAUGCUCGCCUGCUACAUGGUCCUCAUUCAGAACUGGCCCCCGCACCUGGCCCUGGCCCCCAUCGCUCAAGUCGACCCACCUUUGAUGCCCUUCCGCGACGCCGGAUACUCUCAGGCCGACUACGGCAUCACCGUCCAAGAUGUUGUCUACGGCGUCUGGAAGGCUAAGGAGGAGGGCUGCUGCGCCCUCGACAACUUCGACCUCGACGAGUAUGAGAAGUUUGAGAGAGUGGAGCACGGAGACUUCAACUGGAUCACGCCACACUUCCUGGCCUUUGCCUCGCCCCAACACACACCCGUUGCCAAGGUCCUCGAAGGCACUGAGGAAUUUGAUGCGCUUCCCAAGUCGCUCGGCCAGUUGGAUGCCAACAAGACGCUUCCCCAGCCCUUUAAGAACGUUCUGAAGCACUUCACCGAGAGAAACAUUGGCCUCGUUGUUCGUCUCAACUCGCCUCUGUACUCCCCCUCCUUCUUCGAGUCAAUGGGCAUCUCUCACCUUGACAUGAUCUUCGACGACGGCACCUGCCCGCCUCUCACCACUGUUCGCAAAUUCAUCAGACUGGCACACGAGACCAUCACCGUCAAGAAGAAGGGCAUCGCUGUCCACUGCAAGGCCGGCCUAGGAAGAACAGGCUGCCUCAUUGGUGCAUACCUCAUCUACCGCCACGGUUUCACGGCCAACGAGAUCAUUGCCUUUAUGCGCUUCAUGCGCCCCGGUAUGGUCGUCGGUCCCCAGCAGCACUGGCUUCACAUCAACCAGGGUAUCUUCCGUGAGUGGUGGAUCGAGGAGCGCAUCGAGCGCAAGCUCCGCAAAGAAAUGGCCGCCAACGCCGCUGUUCCCAGCACCCCGAUCCGCGCCAUGCAGAAGACGUCGAUUCGUGCCGGUCAGGCAUCCACGCCCCCGCACCGAAGCACUUCUAACCGGACGCCUCUGAGCGAAGUCGACCACGACCGCAAUAACAUUGGGGUUCAGGAAGACUACCUCCCAGCGCCGACUCCUGGUCAGCCGAGGAAGACCAACAGGGCAGACCGCCACCACCCAUACCAAAGGUCAACUUCAUACACCGCAACAGUCGAGGAAGAAACAGGCAUCCACCAAGACGCCGAGACCAUUACAGUCCACAAGCAUUCUCAUAGCGCCGAGUCGGAUGAAGAAAUUCACCUCCGUAUGCGCUCGCAACGGAAACCUUCCGCGUCACCUGGUCGCAGCGAAAAGCGCUCAGUUAGUCACUCAGCUGCCGCUGUGUACCAGACGUACAUCGACAACGAUGCCAGCAAUGACGUCGAGAACCUCGGAACAUCACGCGUCAAGCAAGUGGAUAGAGUCAGCAGCGCGUCCGGCAUUCUCACCAAGGUUCGUGGCAGUAAGCGAUCGGGCGAGUCACCGAGGUCCAAGGAUGGAGUUCGAAAGACGAGCGGCCGUGUCGGCAGCGUGGGUACCUCGGCAACGUCAGCCACGGCGGCGUCGACGGCCCGCAAAGUCUCUGGUGCCUAGGUGACACGCAGAGGCAUCCAGCCUGGCCCUCGUUCUUGAGUUUCUCCUCUGGACCACGAGACUCGGGCCGACCACUUACUAACCACUUAUGAUGAUGAUGAUCACGACCGGUCCAUGUUGUUCUGCAUGAAUUGGCGUUGGGUUCUGGUAACCUUGGAGAUUGCGGCAAACUGGGAUGGUGUUUACGGGUGGAAGCCGGCUUUGACCGGCAUGAUGUCCAUGACACGGCGAUGAUGACAACGAUGAAGACGAACGGGUCCUUCGGGGCGCAUUUUUCUCUUCUCCUUCCCCAAGCAUUCAAUGCAUAUUAUACCUGGCUCGGCAAUCGGCCGGUUCAAACCUUGCUUUUGGCUUUUAAGGCGUUUACGGGGCGGCAUUCUGGGAUUCUCGAAUGUAUUGUAAUUGUAUUUCUCACUGCGGGUUUUUCGAUCCCAGACAUUGUUUUGGUCUUUCUGUUCGUACGCUCGGGGCAAAUGGGGGAAGUGAAGACAAGGCAACUGGCAGUAGGCAUUGGCUUGUUUUCCUUGGGAGAGAUGUUUCUGUCAGAACAUAGAUACAAGCACACG